AUGCAGCUCCCAUCUUUCAACAUCUUCGGCUGGGGGCAGACCAUCAGCCUCCUUUUGAUGUUCACUCAACUACCAGCGCAAUCCACAGAACCUGGUAAGGAUGUUCGAAGCUUGAUGAACAUUGAUCAUGUUCGGGCCGAGAUCGAGCUUCUUGUGGAUUUCAUUUUCUACAAGCAGAAGAUAGAAGUCAGUCAGACACACAACAAAGAAUUCCAUGGCUACUGUAGCAGAUCAAAGGGAUGCAACUUACCAUCACAAUAUGUGAGAAGAACGAGCGGACCGUCGCCAACCUCCCCUACCCAUCUGCCGCUGACUUCCAACAUACCCAAACUGCCACCUGCUCCAACAGCAGGCUGGCUCGCCUCCAACCCAAUUACAGCUGGACAGCCCAAGUUAAAAGACCAAAGUGGCAAGUCCAAGACCUCCUCCACGCAGGAGCCCAAAUCAAAGAAGGAAGCCCAGUUACAACUGGACAUCCCAACAGAUAAUUCACAUAUCCUACAUGCCGCCACACGCCAUGCAGAAGCUGGGGGGCAUUUGUGGGAAUCAAUUAAAUCAAAACCCUAUGUUAAAUAA